AUGCACGUGCUUUCGGCUGCGGUGUUCUUUCUCCUGCUGCUGAUGCCAACAAGCGGCCAACUGCUCGACGGGCUGCGCAACCCGCUGUGGAAGCUGUUCGGCCGACGCGGAGGCGACCCCGACAGCGACGGCGGGCGAACGGAGCUGCACGACGAUCCGCUGCCGGACAUGAUCCCCAACCACGCACCAGCAGUCGUCUAUCGAAGAAUGCCUAGCGUGGUGAUGGAGCCAGCGGCGCACCUGGGCGACGCCGGCUACUUCUACUCGAGGAGACCGGUGGCCCACAUGCCCGGAGCCGCCCGGCUGCCUCCCGUCGGCUCACGCCGGUGGCAGAGUGACGGCUAUGACCAUGUCCCGCUCGAGAGCCGCUUCGCCGGAAAAGCGGAGAGCUCCAAGGACACCGCCGCGUCCCCCGAAGACCGAAUGAUCGAGGCACUGAAACUUAUCAAGCAGCUGAGGACCAUGGCGACGUGAUUGGGGGCGACGGCUGUCCUAUGUCUUCACGGCCGGGAUACAGCAGCUGUGGCAACCGGCUAUGGCGUCAUGUGACAGAGAGAGAGAGAGAGAGAGACAAGUUUUAUUGAAAUGAGGUCGUCUUGAAGUCUUCCGUGGGAGGAGUCCUUAGUCCGGCACCCCUGUUAGCCGGGCGAUGUAUUUAGCCAGAC